CACACCGUCCUCCCUUCCUUCCACUGAACCAUUUCUGCCCUUUCCAAUCUUCAGAGGAUACCCAACAAGCAGCCGUUGAUUCUUGAUUUUUAUUCAUCCAUCUAUCUAGUCGUAUAAUCAUUCACAAUGGGUGCUCUCGACAGACUUUCUCAGAUCGGCAACCAGAUCUCCGCUGGUGUGACCGGUGGUGGCCGUGACCAGAUUCUCCAGAAGAACGCCGAUGAUAUCGUCGUCACCUGCGCUCUUCGCACUCCCUUCACCAAGGGUGGCAAGGGCGGCUUCAAGGACACUCACGCUGCUGACCUGAUGGCCGGUGCCCUCCGUGGCCUCAUCGAGCGCUCCAAGAUCGACCCCUCCCUCGUCGAGGACAUCAAGGUCGGCACCGUCCUCGCCCCUGGCGGUGGUGCCACCGAGAUGCGCGCCGCCGCUCUCGUCGCCGGCUUCCCCGAGUCCACCGCCGUCCACACCCUUAAUCGCCAGUGCUCCUCGGGUCUUCAGGCCUGCGUCGACAUCGCCAACGCAAUCCGGUCCGGCAUGAUCGAAGUCGGUGUCGGUGCCGGUGUCGAGUCCAUGUCCACCAACUACGGCCCCGCCGCCGUCGCCGAGUUCUCGGACCUGCUCGAGUCCCACAAGGAGGCCGCCAACUGCAAGGUGCCCAUGGGUGUCCUGUCCGAGGACAUGGCCAAGGACAAGGGCGUCUCGCGCAAGGACCAGGACGCCUUCGCUGCCUCUUCGUUCCAAAAGGCCGUCAAGGCCCAAAAGGAGGGUCUCUUCAAGGAGGAAAUCCUCCCGCUCAAGGCCAAGUUUGAGGACCCCAAGUCAGGCGAGACCAAGGAGAUCCUAGUUGACCGCGACGACGGCAUCCGCGACGGUGUCACGGCCGAGUCCCUCGGCAAGAUCCGCGCGGCUUUUGCCAAGGAUGGAUCCAUCCACGCCGGCAACGCCUCGCAGGUCUCGGACGGUGCCGCCGCCGUCCUGCUCAUGAAGCGCUCUACCGCCGAGAAGCUUGGUCAGCCUAUUCUCGGCAAGUUUGUCGCCGCUUCCGUCGUGGGCGUCAAGCCUCUCCUCAUGGGCAUCGGCCCCUGGAAGGCCAUCCCCAAGGUGUUUGAGCUCACGGGCAUCAACAAGGACGACGUCGACAUUUUUGAGAUCAACGAGGCGUUUGCUUCGCAGUGCUUGUGGUGCGCUAACGAGCUUGGUAUUCCCAUGGAGAAGAUCAACCCCAAGGGCGGUGCCAUUGCUUUCGGUCACCCGCUUGGCUGCACCGGUGCCCGCCAGGUUUCUACCCUUCUCUAUGAGUUGAAGAGGACAGGCAAGAAGGUUGGUGUUACGUCCAUGUGCGUUGGUACCGGUAUGGGUAUGGCUGCUGUUUGGGUGGCCGAGUAAACAAGCGGUUGUGACGACAAAAAAAUGGGCGUUGGGUUUCCUUUCCUCUCUUUGAUAUAACAUAUUUUGUGCCAUGAUUGUAUGUCAACAACAAUUCCUGUAACUUUAG